AUGAGCGUUUGUCGCGGCCCCCUCCAAUCGCCUCAAUCGCGCCGCGACAUUCGCAUCAACCGCUUCAUGCUCGCCGUCGGAGCGAAUUCGCCUUCUGUCCUGAAACGCUGGAAGUUGAACUGGUGCGACCUUUGGAUCGAUGGGAAUCUUUGCUUUUAUAAGAACGAGAGCAGGAGAGACCUGGAGCACCGAGUCAGCCUCAAGACAAGGUGUGUGGACGUGAGGUCAGGCCUGGAGUGUGGAGGAGUGCCUCCUCCAGAGAGUAAUCCCAGGGAGAACCUGAUCGUGGUUCAGCUCUCUAACGGCUCCACAGUCAACCUGUGUGCUAACAGUGAGGAUGAGUCCAUAGCGUGGAAACUGACUCUGCUCGACACCAGGAGAAACCCCGUGUUUCAAUACGACCCAUACGAAGACUCCUACGAAGCUAUCCCCAUCAACAGCUACCACACGGUCUACAUCACACCUGGAGCAGGACCAGGGACGCACCAGGUUCUGGUUCAGAGGGACCCGUUCGACGGGGCGAUGGAGCGCAUGGCUCUGGGUUUACUGGCUGGGAUGGCAGCAGGGACGGCCAUGAGGUCCUUCCUCUACAUGCCCUUCUUCUUCUGCUGAAAUAACCCCCCUCACUAACAAGGAAACACUGCAUGCACCUGUCUGUGUGGGAAGACAACCCUCUGAUUUUAUAUCAUGUCUGCUGUAACGCUGCUCUUCUGGUUGUUCUGUCUUUAUGUGCACGUUAGCAUUCGACACUUAAGAAGCUG